CUCGCGGGGACUGCCACGCUCCGCGCGGCACCCCCAAACCCGCGCCCGACCCGCCGCGCCCGCGCCGCACAGCUGCCCAUGGCUGACCUGAGUUUCAUCGAGGAUGCAGUCGCCUUCCCCGAGAAGGAGGAAGACGAGGAGGAGGAGGAGGAGGGCGUGGAGUGGGGUUACGAGGAAGGGGUAGAGUGGGGCUUAGUGUUUCCCGAUGCUAACGGGGAAUACCAGUCUCCUAUCAACCUCAACUCCAGAGAAGCCAGGUAUGACCCCUCGCUGCUGGAUGUGCGACUGUCUCCAAACUACGUGGUGUGCCGGGACUGUGAGGUCACCAACGAUGGCCACACCAUUCAAGUCAUCCUCAAGUCGAAAUCAGUUCUGUCAGGAGGACCUUUGCCUCAGGGACACGAGUUUGAGCUGUAUGAAGUUAGAUUUCACUGGGGAAGAGAAAACCAGCGUGGUUCUGAGCACACGGUUAAUUUCAAGGCCUUUCCCAUGGAGCUCCAUCUGAUCCACUGGAACUCCACCCUGUUUGGCAGCAUCGAUGAGGCGGUUGGGAAGCCCCACGGCAUUGCCAUCAUCGCACUGUUCGUUCAGAUAGGGAAGGAACACGUUGGCUUGAAGGCUGUGACUGAGAUCCUCCAGGAUAUUCAGUAUAAGGGAAAAUCCAAAACAAUACCGUGCUUUAAUCCUAAUACCUUACUACCAGACCCUCUUCUGCGGGAUUACUGGGUCUAUGAAGGAUCUCUGACUAUUCCACCUUGCAGCGAAGGAGUUACGUGGAUAUUGUUCCGGUACCCUUUAACUAUAUCCCAGCUACAGAUAGAAGAAUUUCGAAGACUCAGGACACAUGUUAAGGGGGCAGAACUUGUAGAAGGCUGUGAUGGGAUUUUGGGAGACAAUUUCCGACCUACCCAGCCCCUGAGUGACAGAGUCAUCCGAGCUGCAUUUCAGUAGCCAGAGAGACCAGGAACAAAGCCAUCUGCAUCAGGGAAGAAGACAGUGGUCGCACGGAGCCCUUGGAUGCGGAAUGGAAAUUCUUGAGUGGCAGCUUUGUCUUAACCCUCAAGCUUGCAUUAUCUUCAGCUACUCCAGCUUUGAUGACUAUCUGUGACCACUGUCUAUAUAGCAUGCUGUUAUGAAAUAUUAGAACUGCUGUUAUCGUAACGAAACUCAGUGUGUAUGCAUACACCACAGCUUCUGGUGUUCAUACUUUUGCACAUACUGCUUAUUGCUUAUGUGUAGAAAGAAUGAAAGUAGCUUCCAGACCUGUUAAUAUGAUUGUAUCAUAUAACAAUAUGAAAAAAAAACAUUUCCACAGCCAAGUCUUGCUCACUUCCAGCCUAUUGUAAUUCUUCAUAAUAAAAUAAGAGUUUUGAUCUACAACAGCCUAGAAUGUCAUGAAGGCCUCAAAAAUUA